UCGUCGUGCUCUCACAGUCUCACUUGCUCACACUCACUCCGACCUCCUCCGGCUCCCGCUAUAUGCAGCGUCGCACCGGCAGCGGCGGCAUUGCUGCUAGUGGCAGUACGAUUGGCAUGCGGAGGUGGCUGGCAUAGGACUAGGAGGGUGUGGCUUGGCAGGGGAGGGGGCGUAGCGCCGGGCGUGAGCGGAGAUGGCCGGGCGUGAACGGAGCGCGCGCGCAGUGGCGUCGCCGCCGCCCCCGCCGCUGCUGACCAACGAGCUGUCGCGCAGGACGCCGGUGCUGGGGCUGCGCCUCUGGGUGCUCGUCGGCCUCGCCGUGGGCGCCGCCUUCCUGCUCCUCCUCGCGCUCGUCUCCGUCCACCUCGCGGUGGCCGCGCGGCGGCGCCGUCCCAAGGGGAAGGCGGCGGCGGGGGCGGGGGCGCAGCCAGCGCCGCUGUCGCCCGCGACCAUCCCGCCUGUGUCCAAGGAGAUCCAGGAGGUGGCCGUCCACGUGGGCUCCCUCCGCCACUACCUCGAGAUGGGCGCCGCGUACCUCAAGGACGGCGGCAAGGACGGCGGCGAGUCGCUGUGCGGCAGCGUGGCGCACGGGUCGCAGCGCGUGCACAUCGAGGCCGGCAAGGACCGGCGCAUGGUAGCGUGCGCCGACGCGGAGGCCGGGUCCGUGCAGUCCGACCCGGCGUCGUCCGUGGGGGCGGGCCCCGAGGUGUCGCACCUCGGGUGGGGCCACUGGUACACGCUCCGGGAGCUGGACGAGGCCACCGCCGGCUUCGCCCCCGACCGCGUCGUCGGCGAGGGCGGCUACGGCAUCGUCUACCUCGGCGUCUUCGCCGACGGCCGCCAGGUCGCCGUCAAGAAUCUUCUCAACAACAGGGGGCAGGCGGAGAGGGAGUUCACGGUGGAGGUGGAGGCGAUCGGCCGCGUCCGCCACAAGAACCUCGUCCGGCUGCUGGGCUACUGCGUCGAGGGAGCGCACCGGAUCCUGGUGUACGAGUACGUCGACAAUGGCAACCUGGAGCAGUGGCUUCACGGCGACGUCGGGCCCGUCAGCCCGCUCUCCUGGGACGCCCGGAUGGACAUCGUGCUCGGGACAGCCAAAGGGAUCACGUACCUGCACGAGGGGCUGGAGCCCAAGGUGGUGCACAGGGACAUCAAGUCGAGCAACAUACUGCUGGACAAGCGGUGGAACUCCAAGGUCUCCGACUUCGGCCUCGCCAAGCUCCUCGGCUCCGACAGCAACUACGUCACCACCAGGGUCAUGGGAACAUUUGGGUACCUCCCUCCUCCUCCUUCUCAGCACCUGAACUGCAUCCAUCGUUGCAGUGCAUUGCAAAAAUGUGAGUUGUGUCUGAACUUGAAUCGUGUCCCUCUGCUUUUUCUUGGCAGUUACGUGGCGCCGGAGUACGCGAGCACCGGCAUGCUCAACGAGAGGAGCGACGUGUACAGCUUCGGGGUCCUCAUCAUGGAGAUCAUCUCCGGCCGAUGCCCGGUCGACUACGCCAGGCCUCCCACGGAGGUUAAUCUGGUGGAGUGGCUGAAGAAGAUGGUGAGCAACAGGGACUACGAGGCCGUUCUGGACCCGAAGCUGCCGGAGAAGCCGUCCUCCAAGGCCCUGAAGAAGGCGCUCCUGGUGGCGCUGAGGUGCGUGGAUCCCGACUCGCAGAAGCGGCCCAAGAUGGGGCACGCCAUCCACAUGCUCGAGGUCGACGACUUCCCCUACCGAGAUGAUCGUCGGACUCUGCGGCCGUGCCAAGGCAGUCCCCUGGAGAAAUCAAGGAGGCCGGUGACAGAAUCAGGCCAUAGCAGCUGCUACGAUGGCAACAGCAGCACCGCCGCCACUACGCCGUCCAGGUUCCAGUAGGGCUAGUUGGCUCGCACGUCCUAGGGUUUUUGCUCGUUGUCAAUCACAAUGCCUCUUGCGUUCAGCUCUAGGCAGCUUGGAAACGCAGUGCUGUAACUUGUUUUUGUCGGUGCCGUUCUUACUCCCGUUUCUGCUGCCUCGUACUAGUUUUGUGGAAGCCCUGGUUGUUCUGUCGAGGGUGUAGGUCAGCUAUAUCCUUGGUGAAAAGUUUCCCCUGGUUUGUCUGCUCUUUGUAGGUUUUGCGUGCACACCCCCUGCCUCUGUGAUUGACGUAGCUUGCCGGACUGUUGUAUAGUGGAUUUUACUCUUGUGUUAGAACGUUUCUUGCCUGGAUCUUGUGUACAAAACUGUGAGUUCUAGUUUUCUUCUUAACUUCA